AUGACAACUUCUCCUCCCAGAUAUUUACAAGAGGAUAGCCUAAGCGAAGAGUGUAAGAAAUUGCUCUCUAUCCUACCAAGAGAAAAAGGAUGGGUUGGGUCAUAUAUCUACAAUUAUCAAGGUUGUUGGACACCACCAAGAUUGCUUCAAGGUGUGAUUGCAUGUCAACAACAAUUUCAAGCUGAAGAUAGUGAUAUCAUUCUUGUUACAACUCCAAAAUCAGAAACUAUUUGGUUAAAAUCACUUUUAUUUGCUCUGAUGAAUCGAUUGAAACAUCCUAUGUUUGAACCUAACCACCCUUUACUUGUCAAUAACCCUCAUGUUCUUGUUCCAUUCUUGGGGCAUACACUCUAUGUUGAUGGUCAAAUUCCUGAUUUUUCAACUUUCACUUCACCUAGACUCUUGGCAACUCAUGUACCUUUUGCUUCAUUGCCAAAAUCAGAACGGACUGAGGGUCUGAAUAGAAAAGGCAAUGUUCUGCCUUGUUAA